AUGACGUCCGCUCAUGAGGUGUAUGUUCAACCGAGCAGUUCCUUUUCAGUAUGCUUUCCACCGCUGUCCAGGCUCCUUCGAGAACUGAAAAAGUGUUCUGAGAUGAUAUCGAAAGCUGCACUGGGGUUCCACGCGCCUAUGGCGAUGUUCGUAAAUCAUCUUGCCAUGUUGCGGAGUGAUCGAGCUCCAAAUGCUGGAAAGUCUGAUUUCUUGCAAUUCUUCAAAGAUGCGGAAGAUAACUCAUUCGAUGGUUUCCGUACAGAGAAUUGUAGCGGUAAAAUAGACUUGGCUUCUGUGCGAGUGAAGAAAAUAAUGGCACCAGGUGUAAGUUUUCCCGCGGAAACUGUUGCCCAAUGCCGAUUCAUUGCAGUAGCCGGAUUUGACACUACAGCAAACACUUUGACGCUGGUUUGUGAGCUUCUCGCGAGAAACGAGGACAAGCAGGUGUGA